GUUCUCGUUCCAAGGAUAGAUCUACUAGGCGCAGAUCAAGGUCUCGAUCUCCAUCUAAAACCAAGCGGGUCAGUGGGUUCGAUAUGGCACCUCCAGCCUCUGCAAUGUUAGCUGCUGGUGCUGUUACAGGCAACAUUAGGGUGUGAGCUGGUUAGCUCUUUUAUACAAGGAGGAAAAUUGCUGCAAUUGUUUUAUGGGCCAAGUUCCUCCCCCACCACCUACUCUUCCUCCGGCUGGAAUGUUCCCCAACAUAUUUCCCUUACAGACUGGGCAGGCAUUUGGUGGACUCCCUAUGAUGCCAAUUCAGGCUAUGACACAGCAGGCAACUAGGCAUGCUCGCAGAGUGUACGUUGGUGGGCUUUCCGCUGUGGCAAAUGAACAGUCUGUGGCUACGUUCUUUAGUCAAGUUAUGGCUGCUGUUGGUGGAAACACCGCUGGUCCAGGUGAUGCCGUCGUUAAUGUUUACAUAAACCACGAGAAGAAGUUUGCUUUCGUGGAGAUGCGAUCCGUUGAAGAGGCUAGUAACGCUAUGUCUUUGGAUGGGAUCAUAUUCGAGGGAGCUCCAGUGAAGGUGAGGAGACCUAGUGACUAUAACCCAUCUCUAGCUGCAUCUCUUGGUCCAAGCCAGCCCAGUCCCCAUCUAAACUUAGCUGCUGUUGGUCUGACUCCAGGUGCUUCCGGCGGGCUCGAAGGUCCAGACCGUAUCUUCGUGGGUGGACUUCCGUAUUACUUCACCGAGGCACAAGUCAGGGAGCUGCUGGAAAGCUUCGGAGCCUUAAAGGGGUUUGACCUUGUAAAAGACCGAGAAACUGGGAACUCCAAAGGAUACGCCUUUUGUGUGUACCAAGAGGUCGCCGUUACUGAUAUCGCGUGCGCUGCUCUGAAUGGUAUAAAGAUGGGAGACAAGACUCUCACCGUGAGACGUGCUAACCAGGGAGCAAUGCAGCCGAAACCUGAACAGGAGAGUGUGUUGUUGCAUGCACAGCAGCAGAUUGCUUUUCAGAUGAAUAUGUUCCAGCCGGGUCCAGCGGCGACAACAGUUGUGUGUUUGACUAAAGUUGUUGCUGAGGAUGAGCUUAAGGACGAUGAGGAGUAUGAAGAUAUAAUGGAAGAUAUGAGACAAGAAGGCGGAAAGUUUGGUAACUUGACCAGCGUUGUGAUUCCGCGUCCCAGCCCCAGCGGUGAGCCAGUGCCAGGCCUUGGCAAGGUGUUCUUGAAGUAUGUUGAUACUGAAGGUUCGUCGAGGGCGAGAAGCGGGAUGAAUGGUAGGAAGUUUGGAGGGAAUGAAGUGGUUGCUGUGUUCUAUCCAGAAGACAAGUUUGAUCAGGGAGAAUAUGGAGCCUGAAGCUCUCAUAUAUGGAGCCUGAAGCUCUCAUCUCAUCCUACUUGUUUGUUGUCUUACCUACUGUCUAGUACCUUAACUUCUCUUCAGUUUUUUUUGCUUCAGUUAAAAGACCAUUUUGUGUUAUUUUAAGACCAAGAUAUGAUUUUGAUA